CAUUUUGUCAAAUACUAAUUUCAUCAAUUGGAAUUCCUGAAACGCCUCUUGCUAUUAGCUUCGUAGUUUUAGUUUGAGUUUUUAGUAGCUAAUUUUCUAAACCAACGUUCUACUUAUUUAUGUUUAAUAAGAAUAAAACUACCCUAGCGAUUGAUAGUAAGAGUGCGAUGAAUAGCGAAAAAAAAUGUCGUCCUAUGAGAAGCUAAAACUUCUCGUUUGGAAAAACUUUCUAUUACAAAGAAGACACAAAUGGCAAACUAUAUUCGAAAUAGCUUCUCCUGUGAUAUUUUCGUUAUUUUUAAUUCUAAUAAGAUGUCUUGUGGACCCAAACUCAAAACCAGAUGUAACAUACAAACCAUUUCUGCCAACAUAUUUCAAUAUAAGUGGAAAAACGCUCGGAAACCUAACAACUGCAAAGAGAGAGGGAACAUUGGCAUUUUCACCAGAAAACGCACUGACAAGAAAAGUAACUGAAGAUGCGAUGGCUAUGGUUGCUCUUGAUAAUCUCAAUGGUUUAUUAGCUCUACUAUUUGACACAAAAAUGUUACCUCAGCCAAAAGGAUUUAAUAAUUCAUAUGAACUGGAGCAAGCUCUCACACAACCAAAUGUUAUGAAUCAAAUUUUAGUUGGUAUUCAAUUUGAUGAUAAUAUGGCAAAUGCAACAAGCUGGCCAGAUGAUAUUUCAGUAACAUUAAGGUUCCCUGCGGUAAUGAGGACUCCAAUGGUAGAACAUCCCCUCAGAGCUAGUUGGAGGACUAACUUAUUGUUCCCUCUGUUCCCACGACCUGGGCCUAGAGACCCAGAUGAUUUAUAUGGAGGAAAAACUCCAGGAUAUUCACCGGAGAUGUUCUUGGCUGUACAACAUGCAGUGUCACAGGAAAUUAUAAAACAAAAAUCAGGGAAAGCGAUUGACACAAAAGUAUAUCUCCAACGUCUACCUCAGAUUGCAUAUAGAGAUGAUGACUUACUGAUAGCUUUAGAAAGAUUUAUAUCUAUGAUAAUAAUGCUGUGUUUUGCAUACACUUUUGUCAACACUGUCCGAGUUGUGACUGCGGAGAAGGAGCUGCAACUGAAGGAAACAAUGACGAUAAUGGGACUACCGUCGUGGUUGCACUGGGUCGCUUGGUUUAUUAAACAAUUCUCAUUCCUUUUUAUAUCUGUUAUUCUUAUGGUUAUACUAUUUAAGACUCCAUUCAACUCAACGGCGACUGGUGAUAAAUAUUCCGUUUUAACAUUUACGCCUUGGACCGUAUUGUUAUUUUUUAUGGUGUUAUUUGUGAUGGCAUCGUUAGCUUUUUGCUUCAUGGUCAGCGUUUUCUUCUCGAGAGCGAACACGGCCGCUUCGUUCAUGGGCCUUGCUUGGUUUUCAACGUAUUCAGUAUUUAUGCUGACUCAGGUUUUAUACGAGGACAUCAAUCUGUCCACUAAGCUUAUGCUAAGCCUAAUAUCGAAUACGGCGAUGGGAUAUGCGUUCCAAAUGAUCAUUAUAUGCGAGGGCACUUCUAGAGGUUUACAAUGGAAUGAGUUUUUUACUUCGAUAUCUUACCAUGAUCAGUUUCAACCGGGCCAUGUGGUCCUUAUGUUGAUUUUAGAUACAAUAUUGUACAUGUUAAUUGCGAUGUAUGUAGAGAAAAUACGCCCCGGUUUAUACGGAGUGCCAUUACCUUGGUAUUUCCCCUUUACUAAAAGUUAUUGGUGUCCAAAUAGAAAGAAAAGUGCAAAAAUAACAAUGAGCGACGGUGUGGAUAAGGAUUACAAUGAUGCGCUACUCCAAGUCGUCCAUGAUGAAGAGCCUAAAGGUGUACCAAUGGGCAUCUGUAUAGAGAAUCUCACUAAAGUAUACAAAGGCCGCAAAAAGGCGGUUGAUAAUUUGAAUCUCAGAAUGUACGAGAAUGAAAUAACAGUAUUAUUGGGGCAUAACGGCGCCGGAAAAACUACCACUAUAUCCAUGCUUACAGGUAUGGUACCACCUACAUCAGGGUCAGCGUCCAUAAACGGGUACAAUAUAGUAAGAGAGACGGAGCUGGCGCGCAAGUCGCUGGGCAUCUGUCCGCAGCACAACGUGCUGUUCCCCGACCUCACCGUCGCUGAACACAUCAUGUUCUACUCGCGACUGAAAGGAGUACCUCAUAAUAAGUUACAAGAUGAAGUCAAUCAUUUCGUUAAAUUACUGGAAUUGGAAGAAAAGCGCGACGCGGUGUCUGCGCAGCUGUCGGGCGGGCAGCAGCGGCGGCUGUCGGUGGGCGCGGCGAUGUGCGGCGCGUCGCGCGUCGUGCUGCUGGACGAGCCCACCUCCGGCCUCGACCCCGCCGCGCGCCGCUCGCUCUGGGACCUGCUGCAGAAGGAGAAGAAAGGUCGUACAAUGAUACUGACGACGCACUUCAUGGACGAGGCGGACGUGCUGGGCGACCGCAUCGCCAUCAUGUCGGGCGGCAAGCUGCAGUGCGUCGGCACGCCCUACUUCCUCAAGAAACACUACGGCAUCGGGUACAAGCUCACUAUCGUCAAGAAGGACGACUGCGAUGUUCUAAAUGUUACAGCCUUCUUCAAAAGACAUGUGCCUGAUAUCAGAGAAAACACUAAUAUAGGGUCUGAAUUAACCUACAUAUUGCCGAAUGACCAUGUCAGUAAAUUUCCCGACAUGUUGAAAGAAUUUGAACAGAAAAGAGAGGAAAUGAAAGUGUCCAGUUAUGGCCUCUCCGUCACAAGUCUUGAAGAAGUUUUUAUGAAGGCUGGUGUAGAAGAUAAUACAGAAGUUUCCUUGGCGAAAAAAAAUAAUCACGUAAAUAGAAACGACGCUGCAAUAGUACCACUUGAAAAUAAUCAAAAUAAUAUAGUGACAAACGAGCCAAUAGAAAAAGUGAGAGGAUUUAAAUUACUUAAGAAUCAUAUAAAGGCGAUGUUUUUGAAGCUGAUAUACAAUACGAUGAGGAACAAAUUGGCAGCUCUAAUACAAUUUAUUACACCCAUUAUAAAUAUCACGUUAUCAGUGAUUAUAGCGAGAUCGUGGAAGUUUAUAUCACAGUUGCCAGCGCUAGAGUUAAGUUUAAAAAGUGGCUUCAGAGCGACAGAAACAUUACUAUCACAAGAUGUGAACGUGACGGCCAACAGUUUAGAAAACAAAGCGAUGCUGGCUUAUAAAGAUUAUUUCAAAACGUCGGAUUAUCCUGGUAUGACCGUCAAUGAUAUAGGAACUAUGAAUCUCGGGAAAUUUUAUAUGAAACUGAGUGAAUCGGAUUUAUCUCGUGUACGGUACGAAAACUUGAUCGGGGCGACGUUCGCGCCGCAUCGUAUCACGGGCUGGUUCAGCAACUACGGAUACCAUGAUUCAGCUAUCUCGCUCGCACUCGUCAACAACGCCAUACUCGCUGCUCUCUCGCCCGGCGCCACGCUGCGUGUUAUAAACCAUCCGUUGCCUUAUUCUAUCGAAAAUUUGGUGAGGGUGAUGGCAACCGGCAGCAGUAUGGGGUUCCAGUUUGCAUUCAACAUCGGAUUUUGUAUGGCUUUCGUGACGUCCUUUCUUGUUCUGUUUGUCGUUAAGGAACGCAUAAGCGGUGCGAAGUUACUCCAGCGCGUGUCAGGUGUGCGUCCGGCGGUGAUGUGGGGCGCGGCCUUCGUGUGGGACUGGGCCUGGCUCUUCCUCGUCUAUCUGUGCAUCGUACUCACCUUAGCCUGCUUCCAGGAGAAUACGCUAUCAACUCCUGAAGAACUAGGUCGUGUUCUUUUAGUUUUAAUGGUGUUUUCCGUAGCGACUAUACCGUUGCACUAUUUGGCGUCUUUUUACUUCGAGGCCGCUGCGACUGGGUUCUCCAAAAUGUGUUUCAUGAAUAUAUUCUGCGGUUGCAUGCCGUUUCUUAUAACUGAAGUGCUGAGGUUGCCAGAAGUAGGCAGCCCCUAUUAUGCUCAUAUCUUCGAUUGGAUAUUCUCUCCGUUGCCAAUUUACUGCAUUAGUCGGAGUUUCAGGGACAUGAGCGUGUCGUCGUUCUCGAUGCUGGCGUGCGGCGGGCUGUGCGAGCAGUUCGUCAACAUCGACAACUGCACGCGACACACCAUCUGCCAACAUCUCAACAUCUCGGUUUGUUGUAUUGAAGACGACCCGUUCCUCAAAUGGAGUGAGCCUGGCAUCGGCCGUUACUUGUUCAUGAUGGCGCUCGUCGGUACUAUAGCCUUCAUUAUAUUACUUCUAAAAGAAUAUGAAGUUAUAAACAAGGUAUUUUACAAGGAGAGUCCGCACCGACCUCCGCCUGUGGACCUCAAGGAGGACUCGGACGUGUCCGCGGAGCGCGCGCUCGUGCAGCAACUCACCAGACCCGAGAUCGCACAGCAUAGCCUCGUCUGCAGGGACCUUACCAAGUUCUAUAAAGACUUCCUCGCCGUCAAUAGAUUGUGCUUCGCGGUGCGUCGCGGCGAGUGCUUCGGGCUGCUGGGGGUGAACGGCGCGGGCAAGACGAGCACGUUCCGCAUGCUGACGGGCGACGCGCGCCUCUCCGCCGGCGACGCCUACGUGCACGGACUCUCGCUCAAGACGCACCUGCAGGACGUCUACACACAUAUCGGUUACUGUCCUCAAUUCGACGCGCUGCUGGAGAAGCUGUCGGCGCGGGAGACGCUGCGCAUCUUCUGCCUGCUGCGCGGCAUCCCCGCGCGCGUGGGCGCGGCGCGCGCGCGCCAUCUCGCGCACACGCUCGGCUUCGCGCCGCAUUACGAUAAAAUGGUACAUGAAUGCAGUGGUGGUACUAAAAGGAAGAUCAGCACCGCCCUAGCUCUACUGGGCGACUCCCCGCUCGUGUUCCUAGAUGAACCCACUACAGGUAAAAUAUUGUAUUUCGGUACAUUUCACCAAAAUUAUUUGGAUUAACAGUUUUUGGUGCGGUACACCUUUGCCAUCCUAUGUACUAGAUAUUGUAUUGUUGUACAUACGGCUUUAUUGUAUUGUUUACAUUCUCAUAAACUUUCAAUUGCAACAAAAUUCAAUUGCUCAAAUGACGACGAAG